UGGAUAGAGGGAGAGACUGGAAUGGUCCGGCAAAGUCUUGUUUUAAUCAGACAUCAACAAUUCAACAUAGACCACAACAAGACGGAAAGAUACAGAGGAAUAAGACAGACAGCUCGUGGCCUUGUGGUGCCAAUUGAUGAUAGCCUUUAAUCACCGAAAAAGCUCUCGGCGGAACUCCCCCGGCCCGGAAGUGAUUUCCUUUUGUUUCAAUGGCAGCUGAUAAAAACAAAAUUUAGAAGUAUUAUAUUAAUUUUUUAUAUUAUAAAAAAAUAUUUAUAAUUAUGACAAAGUUGUGGGAGUGAUGGUAAUUAUUCUUAUAAUAAUUACGUGGAGAAUCAAAACCUUUCUGGAUCUCUCAAGAGUCGAGACACUCCCGCCUCAGUUGACAACCCAAUUGCGGGCCCUCGCUAUCAUUCCCAAUCUCCUUUUCCAUUUUCAUAUAUUUUCAGGCUGCUAUACCUGAAAGUCAUCCUGGGAUAGACCAACAAGCUUGCUUAAAUCUUUUGUAUACUAUUAUUUCUCAGGUGAUAACUAAUGGGGAGUGUCGAUGGAGGGAAGCUCAGAUUUUGCAUUGAUAGAGGGGGCACAUUCACUGAUGUGUAUGCCGAAAUUCCUGGUAGAUCUGAAGGGCGAGUAAUGAAGCUGCUGUCUGUAGACCCAGCUAACUAUGAUGAUGCCCCAGUAGAAGGAAUUAGAAGGAUUCUAGAAGAAUUUACUGGACAAAAGAUUCCUCGAAGUUCAAAGGUCCCCACGGAUAAGAUUGAAUGGGUAAGGAUGGGAACAACAGUGGCAACAAAUGCAUUGUUAGAAAGGAAAGGGGAAAAAAUUGCACUCUGUGUGACCCAAGGCUUCAAGGAUUUGCUGCAGAUUGGUAACCAGGCCCGCCCAAAUAUCUUUGACCUCACUGUAUCAAAACCAUCAAAUCUUUAUGAAGAGGUUGUGGAAAUUGAUGAGAGAGUUGAGCUUGUUCUUGCCAAGGACGUAAAGGUAGAUUCUUCUGCAUCAAUAGUUCAGGGUAUUUCAGGUGAGCUUGUCAGGGUUGUGAAGCCACUUAAUGAGGAAGCUUUAAAACCUUUGCUCAAGGGUCUACUGGAAAAAGGCAUUACCUGCUUAGCGGUAGUUUUACUACAUUCAUACACUUACCCACACCAUGAGAUAUCAGUUGAAAAGUUGGCAAUGAGUUUGGGAUUUAAACACGUGUCUUUGUCGUCUGCUUUGACUCCCAUGGUUCGAGCUGUCCCUCGGGGUUUCACCGCAUGCGUGGACGCCUACCUGACUCCAGUUAUUAAAGAGUAUUUAAAAGGAUUUAUAUCUAAGUUUGAUGAGGGUCUAUCUAAACUGAAUGUUUUGUUUAUGCAAUCAGAUGGUGGAUUGGCCCCAGAAAGUAGAUUUUCUGGUCAUAAAGCUGUUUUAUCUGGUCCUGCAGGUGGAGUUGUUGGAUACUCACAGACACUCUUUGGGCUUGAGACAGAAAAGCCCCUUAUUGGCUUUGACAUGGGUGGUACAUCUACUGAUGUGAGCCGUUAUGCUGGCAGUUAUGAACAUGUUAUAGAAACCCAAAUUUCUGGAGCAAUAAUUCAAGCACCUCAGCUUGAGAUUAACACAGUAGCUGCUGGCGGUGGAUCAAAACUAAAAUUCCAAUUUGGAGCUUUCAGGGUGGGUCCAGAAUCAGUUGGUGCCCAUCCAGGACCUGUUUGUUAUCGUAAGGGAGGGGAACUGGCUGUUACCGAUGCAAAUCUUAUCCUAGGAUAUGUCAUUCCUGAUUAUUUCCCGUCAAUCUUUGGCCCAAGUGAAGAUCAGCCAUUAGAUAUCAAUGCAACUAGAGUUGAGUUUGAGAAACUUGCAAAACAAAUCAAUUUCUACAGAAAGAAUCAGGAUCCAGCAGCAAAGGAUAUGACGGUGGAGGAAAUUGCUCAGGGAUUUGUUAAUGUUGCAAAUGAGACCAUGUGCCGCCCUAUUCGACAAUUGACUGAGAUGAAAGGUCACGAGACAAAGAAUCAUGCUCUUGCUUGCUUUGGAGGUGCUGGACCCCAACAUGCCUGUGCUAUUGCCAGAUCCUUGGGCAUGAAAGAGGUACUAAUUCACAAGUUUUGUGGGAUUUUAAGUGCAUAUGGGAUGGGAAUGGCAGAUGUUGUGGAGGAAGAACAGGAACCAUAUUCUGCUGUUUAUGGUCCUGAAUCUGUGUUGGAGGCCUCUAACAGAGAAGCAACUCUAUUGAAACGUGUAAAAAAGAAGCUGCUAGUGCAAGGUUUUAAAGAGGAAAAUAUUACAACUGAAACAUAUCUAAAUCUAAGAUAUGAGGGAACAGACACUGCAAUUAUGGUAAAGUGCCCUAUAAAUGAAAAUGGAUCUAGAGGAGAUUACGCUGUUGAGUUUGUUAACUUAUUUCAACAGGAAUAUGGAUUUAAACUCCAAAACAGGAAUAUCCUGAUAUGUGAUGUGAGAGUUCGUGGUAUUGGAGUCACUAACAUACUUAAGCCCCAAGCUCUAGAGCCUGGUUCAGGGACACCAAAAAUUGAAGGUCGAUAUAAGGUUUAUUUUGGGAAUGGCUGGCACGAUACACCUCUGUUCAGGCUGGAAAAUUUGGUAUAUGGUCAUGUCAUCUGUGGUCCUGCUGUAAUCAUGAAUGGUAAUAGUACUGUCAUAGUAGAACCUAGCUGUAAGGCUAUUAUUACAAAAUAUGGCAACAUAAAGAUUGAGAUAGAGUCAAUCCAUAAUGUAGUGCAAGUAGCAAAAGAAGUUGCAGAUGUUGUGCAACUCUCGAUAUUCAAUCAUAGAUUUAUGGGGAUAGCUGAACAGAUGGGACGCACCCUACAGCGAACUUCAAUAUCAACAAAUAUUAAAGAAAGAUUGGAUUUCUCUUGUGCUCUUUUUGGUCCUGAUGGUGGUCUAGUUGCAAAUGCUCCUCAUGUUCCUGUGCAUUUAGGGGCUAUGUCCAGCACAGUCAGGUGGCAACUGAAUUACUGGGGUGACAAUUUGAAUGAAGGCGAUGUUCUUGUUACAAAUCAUCCUUGUGCUGGAGGCAGCCAUCUGCCAGAUAUAACUGUUGUUACUCCUGUUUUUGAUAAGGGGAAACUGGUAUUCUUUGUUGCAAGUAGAGGGCAUCAUGCAGAGAUUGGAGGAAUUACUCCUGGAAGCAUGCCGCCAUUCUCGAAGUCCAUAUGGGAGGAAGGAGCCGCAAUCAAAGCAUUCAAGCUUGUGGAAAAGGGGGACUUUCAAGAAGAAGGUAUCAGCCAACUUCUCCUAUUUCCAUCUGCUGAUGAAUCAGCUCAUAAGAUCCCUGGGACACGCAGGCUUCAAGAUAAUUUAUCAGAUCUGCAUGCACAAAUAGCUGCAAACCAAAGAGGGAUUUCACUUAUUAAGGAGCUUAUUGAGCAAUAUGGUCUGGAAACUGUUCAGUCAUACAUGAAACAUGUCCAGGUUAAUGCUGAAGGUGCAGUGAGAGAAAUGCUCAAGUCUGUUGCUGCUAAAGUUUCCUCUGAGUCUGCUAAAGUUGAAGGAGAUUCGGUGAUCAUUGAAGAAGAAGAUUCCAUGGAUGAUGGGUCCAUCAUACAUUUGAAACUCACAAUUGAUGGGCAGUCAGGAGAAGCACUUUUUGAUUUUUCUGGGACAAGCCCAGAAGUUUAUGGGAAUUGGAAUUCCCCUGAGGCAGUUACAGCUGCUGCUGUCAUUUACUGUCUGCGCUGUUUGGUGAAUGUUGAUAUUCCUCUUAAUCAGGGAUGCUUGGCUCCUGUAAAGAUAUAUAUUCCUCCAGGUUGUUUUCUCUCUCCAAGUGAUAAGGCUGCGGUGGUUGGUGGUAAUGUUUUAACAUCACAAAGGAUAACUGAUGUUGUUCUUACAGCCUUUCAAGCUUGUGCUUGUUCACAGGGUUGCAUGAAUAAUUUAACCUUUGGGGAUGAUACUUUUGGCUACUAUGAGACAAUUGGAGGUGGAAGUGGUGCUGGCCCCAGCUGGACUGGUACUAGUGGGGUGCAGUGCCACAUGACUAAUACUCGUAUGACUGAUCCUGAGAUAUUUGAGCAGAGAUAUCCAGUUCUAUUACAUAGAUUUGGAUUAAGGGAGAACAGUGGCGGUGCUGGAGUUCAUAGAGGAGGUGAUGGAAUUGUUAGGGAAAUAGAAUUCAGACGCCCUGUUGUUGUUAGUAUUCUAUCGGAAAGGCGUGUACUUGCCCCAAGAGGGCUAAAGGGCGGAAAAGAUGGAGCUAGAGGAGCUAAUUACCUUAUUACUAAGGACAAACGCAAGGUAUAUCUCGGAGGGAAAAACACAGUUGAGGUGCAAGCUGGGGAAAUUCUUCAGAUUUUAACUCCAGGUGGCGGUGGAUGGGGUUCCUUAUGAACAACACAUGCUAUCUGUUUUCUGUAAGCGGUUUGCAUAUCUUUCUUGUCUUGCAUCAGUAUUACUAAUGUCUUCCCUACAGGGUGUGCUAUGUAUGAAGUCCGUGAGCUCCCUUAGGGACAUGGAUGAAUAAUAAAACUGACAUUCUGUCUGUAUUCUUUCAGUGGGUAUAUGCAUUAAUAUGAUGUUAAUUCUGUUCUCA